GCAUGCGCAUGCUCUGCGGCGUGGCUGUGGGAGAAGGUCUGUCUCGGCGGGAGCUGCUCGCGGUCCGGGCCGGCGAGCACGCGCCGCCGCCAGCGUCCUACAGCCAGCCCGCAGCAUGUCCAACGCCAGGGAGAAGAAGCGCGCCAAGAAGAUGAGGAACCAGCCGGCCAACGUGACCUUAGGCCCUCCCGCUGGCGAGCCUCGCCCCAGCCCGGCGCAGCACUGCAAUGGGGGGAGCAGACCUCUGCAGCCUCAGCAGCAAGCUGAUCUCUGUCCUGAGACUUCUGAGCAAUAUCAGCAGCAGAAGCUUCCACAUCCAUCUCCUGGGCCUUCUAACAAGAAAGAACAGUAUUUUACAAAAGGGCAAAGUAAGGGGGAAAGAGGUAGAGGAAGAGGAGGAUGGCAAGGAGGACGCCGAGGCAUUUCUCAAGAAAUGCCUAAAUUCAUAACAGCAUCUACUUUUGCUCAAGCCCGUGCUGCUGAAAUCAGUGCUAUGUUGAAGGCAGUGGCACAGAAAUCUUCCAAUUCACUGGUGUUCCAGACUCUACCUAGACACAUGCGAAGACGAGCUAUGAGCCAUAAUAUCAAACGCCUCCCCAGACGGCUCCGUGAGACUGCCAGAAAAGAGGCCGAGAAAGCUGUACAUCAGAAAAAAGAGCAUUCAAAGAGUAAAUGCCGCAAAGCUCGAAGACGCCACAUAAAUCUGGUGCUGGAAUUUAAUCGCAGGCAAAAGAAGAAUAUCUGGUUGGAAACGCAUAUUUGGCAUGCCAAAAGAUUUCACAUGGUGAAGAAAUGGGGAUACUGUUUAGGAGAUAAGCCCACUGUUAAGAGCUAUCGGGCUUGCUAUCGAGCCAUGGCAAAACACUGCCUUCUGCAGGACUUAUCAUACUACUGUUGCCUAGAGUUAAAGGGAAAAGAGGAAGAGCUUUUAAAGGUGCUUGCUCGUAUGUGUAGCAAAGAUGCAGGACCAACUUUUGCAGCUGUGCCUUGCCUGUCUGGAAGGCAUCAGGGUUCCCUGGUUCUCUACCGGGCAGAUCGGUAUCCUGAGGACCUGCUUGGCCCCAUUACGUUCAUUUGGAAACCUAAAGUUGGGUGUGGUCUUGGUUCUGAAAAUAGGCAGUUGUGGAUCUGGAUGCAUCCAACUCUUAAACAGGACAUAUUGACUGAGCUAAAAGCAGUUUUUAAGUGUUCAGAGCCUGUAGCAACAUGUAUCCCUGAAACAGUCACAGCAUUGCCUCAUGAGGAAGAACCAACAGAUGAAACUAAAAGCAUUGGCAAGAAAAGAAAGAGGGAAGACAAAGAAGGAGAAAAGGCUGUGCCAGUGAAAAAGAUCAUUGGUGAUGGAACCAGAGAUCCACUUAAGUCAUACUGCUGGACAUCACAAAAUACUGGUAUUGUAAUAAGUGAUUUGACCAUGGAGAUUCUCAGAUAUCGCCUGGUUGGCCCAUUCUCUCACUGUGUUCUUACAGAGGCACUGAGUGCUGCCUUGGUCCAAACUGAGAUGGCAGAUGCAGAAACAGAACUUAAUAGCUGGUGGGUAGAAAACUGCAGGAAAUCUGAGGGUCUUUCUCUUCAUCUACAUCAAAAGGACAUCUUUGAGUUAUUACAAGGGAUAAGCUCACCAGCUGAACUUCCAGCAGGUACAAUAUUGGGCCUGACUGUGGGGGACCCUCGAGUGAAUUUGCCAAAAAAGAGGUUAAAAGCCAUGCCGAAUCCAGAAAAAUAUCAAGACGAUGAGAAAGUGGCACAGCUGACUCUAGAGGGUGUACCUGUAGAAUGUGCUCACAGCUUUAUUUGGGACCAGACUAUCUGUAAGAACGUCACUGAAAGUAAACUCCUAGAGCAGGAUUUAAACCGCAUGAGAAGUGAACUGUUAGUACCUGGAUCACGGCUUGACUUGGGUCCUCGGGAAUCCAAGAUUCCUAUACUUUUGGUUCAGCAACCAGGGAAAGUGGCUGGAGAAGAUCGACCAGGAUGGGGAAGUGGCUGGGAUAUCUAUCUUCCGAAAGGCUGGGGCAUGGCUUUCUGGAUUCCUUUUAUAUAUCAAGGUGUACGAGUUGGUGGCUUGCAAGAGGCUUUGAAACAUUCUGAAUAUAAAAGAAUACCUCAUAUUCCAGAUGAUUACCCAGACUGUCCUGCUGGAAUUCAGUUUGCCAAAGAACUAGAAAGCAAUCUUUUUGAAAAAUUCAAGAGGCGCCCACCUGCAAAAAGGGCAAACUAUGUCAAACUUGGCACCCUGACCCCUUUCCUCUGCCCAUGGGAACAACUAACCCAGAACUGGGAAGAAAGAAACAAAACACAAGCAAAAUCUACACGUAUGUCAGAAAUUAAGAGAUGUGUGACUGAAAAGCAGGCUCCUAAUGAUCCACAGCCCAGAGUAGGCACAGAGUCUUCUCAUGAGACUAGCCAGAUGGAAGAAAACAAGGAAACGACAUGCUCUCAAGGGAAUGUAAUCACGGAAAUAUUGAAUGAGGUCCAAGACUUGGGCAAGAAAGACGGAGUUGUAGCAAGUAAUCGCUUCAUUGUUCUCAGGAGCACAGAAUUAUUAAAGCAAUUAUCAGCCUGGUGCCGGCCUACUUCUGGAAGAGGUUGGAGGGGACGCACUGCUUCCAGACAGGGGCAGAAGGAAAUGACUGAAGAUGUCCUCUUACCAAUCUUUAAGUGCUACCCAAGGGCACUUGUGUGGGUCACCUUCUCUUUACUGCGAAAGGGUACCCCUGAGUUGCAUACCAUGGUUUGCAUUCCAACCAAGGAAGACUUUCUGCACCUAAGUGAAGACAAGCUCUUCUGUGGUCCUGAAGAACCCAAACACAGUGACAUAUUCAAGCACAAGAUAGUAAAACUAAAAGAGAGAAAAAAGAAAAAAGACCGUGGGAAAACUCUAGAAAGUUCUGCUUCUAGUAGCCUGGAGGCAAAUGCAGUUGAGGAGCAGAAAAACCUAGUUCUUGGAUUAUGGUCUGACCCUUUAUCAGAUGUAACUUCACAUUGCUCUAGAAUUCUCUUAGGGUUUGUCACUCGAGGAGAUUUUUCAUUGGCUGAUGGCUGUGGAGAAGCACUGGGAUUUGUUAGCUUGACAGGAUUACUACAUAUGUUAUCCAGUCAACCAGAAGAUAAAAAAGGCUUUGUUUUGUUAAGAACUCCAGGGUCUCGGCAAUACAGAUUUGCUAGACUCACUAUUGAGGUAUAAAUGGUCAUUAUAAUAAAAUAGUACACAGACAGUUCCAGUAUUAUUCCUUGUAUAAUGUCUGUGGACUUUCAAAUUAGAGACAGGAAUUAGAAGAAAUGAUUAUAUGACUCAGUUAUGUAAUGAGCAGUAUGAAAAUACUUAGAAAACUAGUAUCCUAUAUCAGUUAACCAGUUAACCAGCUAAUCUACUGAUAACAUAUAUUGCUCAAAGAUUCUGAGUACAAAAAUGAUUAUCUUGUUUGGCGAACAGGCAUAUUUUUUAAUUUUAGUACAAUUGAAACAAAUGUUAUCAGUGAUUCAUACCCUUGCAAUGCUUCCACAAAAAAAUCUGGUUAUGGACUGAUGCAAUUCAUUAUUCUGCUAACUGCUUGCUGUCUUGGCUGGUGUACAUAACAAAUGGCUUUCCUGGAUUCUUAAAUCUUGCAGCUAAGGAAGUCUGGCUGCAGCAAGGUGAACCUGAUACAGUACAAACUUUUUUUUCCCUUGAGAAACUCGGUGCUUAAAUAAAAGCAUCCUACGUUAGAAAUACCGACUGCAGAUUUGGUUAUUAUAAUGUGUAUCUACCAAAAUGUUUCUUUCUGCGUUGGUGUGAACAUUUUUUUAAAAGGACCUUUUCUUUUUUGUAUAAACAUCUUCAUUGUAAUUUAACUGACAAAAUGGGUUUUGGUCUACUGUGUAAACAAAAAUGGCUAAAAAGUGGAGCCUGAACUACUUGAAAGUUUAAGUUUGCUGAAGUGCUUUAAAUGGGAUCCUUGAUACCCUACAUUCAUUAAUAGAGCGAAUGGGUUAUAUUUAAAUGUAAGUAAAGUCAAACAAGUUAGAAAUCACUGUCAAUAAAUGAGUUCCAUGUUAUUUUGAUUGACAUUGCUCACACCUUAACAGCUGAAAAGCGUCUCUAAAUGUAGAGGAUUUCAGCAUUUUUUGACAAGAAACAGGAGAAUUCAGUCCUUGCAAAAAUGUCUUUUGGUAGUUUUAAGAUGUAAAUUUUCAUCAUUGGAUUAACUCAAAUUUUAUGUUAAUGAUUUGGGCUGUCACAUUGUAGUUUGGCUUUUAAUUUUUGUAAAAUCAGCUAGAGCCUGACAUUUUUCUUUAUUCCCUAUAUUUGGACAACACAAGCCAACUGGGAGUAUAAACAUUGUCUCAUCACUUACUGAAUUCUUUAAGCAUUACAGUUCACCUUUUAAAAAAAUGACAGCCUUCAAUUUCCAGUCAUUCUAGUACAGAGUUCUGAGAACAAAGAUGAAUGUUAAAUUAGAUAAUUGAAUAAUUGUAGCUUGCAGACAGCCUGAUGCAAAUACUUACCGGAAGGUGGCAUUCCCCUAACUAACAUUCAAGUAAAUAUACAACUUUCUUUUUACGAGUUUUAUGUUUGAUUCUUUAAAUUUGAAAUGAAAAUCUAAAUAUGAAACAAUUUAUUGAUCAUACAGUAUUUGGAAAUGAAUUCACACAUUUAAGUUGAAUUUAAAAGAAUCACAAAAAUCAGCAUUGUUUUUCUUCUACAGAAAUGAUAUAUUUUACAAACAUGAAAAGGUUUCUGUUGAACUGUGUAACAUAAUUAUUUGGCCAUUACUGAAUUAAACAACUGUAGUAAUA